GGUAUUAUUUUCUUUUUCAGGUUAGAAGCUGUUUGUGGUGAUGUCAAAAUUAAAUAAACAUAUAACAAUAGCUUACAGGUUAUAAGUGCAUCAAAACAGAGACAAUGUCGGAUAAUUCCGAAUCUGUUUUGGACAAUGUAACAGAUGAACUGAAGAUUAAAAUUAAGGAAGAGAAAAGCAGCAUCGAAAAAACAGCAAAAAAAGAACGCAAAGAUGGUCGUAAGCGAUCUAGAUCACGAUCUAAUUCUCGGGAUAGAAGUUCACGAAAAGGAGGAAAAUAUCGCAGGGAAAGUCCGAGUCAUAGAAGACGACAUGGACGCUCAUAUCGAUCCCGUCGAUCAAAAUCGAGAUCCAGGUCAAGGAGCAAAGGAAAAAAGUCAUCUUCAAGAAGGUCAAGGGAAAGACAGGAUAAAAAGUCCGACUCUAGUCGUAGGCGGAAGCAAAGUUCGAGUUCCAGUAGUAGCAGUAGUGAUGGUGAAUCGAAUGCUGAAAAAGCUGAUAAAUCUGAGAAAAAGCCACCCGAGGCCAAAGCAGGAACUUCAACGGUAACAAAGUCGACUAAUAAAGAAAGGAGAUCGAAAGAGAGAGGUGAGAAAUCGAGGGAUCGUCGAUCUCGAAGAUCAAGGUCACGAGACAAAAGAAGACGAUCAUCUCGAGAAAGACGUAGAUCACGUUCACGUAAUAGAGAUUCAAGGUCAAAGAAACCUUCACGACAUUCCAGGCAAAGUUCUAAAGAGAAAGAGACUACUAAAUCUUCAUCAGACAAAAAAGAGGCGGAAAAAACAAAAGAACUCAACACUGGUGACUUUGAGCAAGCAAAAUUGGAAGAGGAAAUGAAGAAGCGCCGAGAUAGAGUAGAAAUGUGGCGCAAAGAACAAAAAUCUGCACUUUUGAAAGCAGGUGAUGGCGAUAGUGAAAGUGCUAAUGGCGAUGAUAGUGGACCUAGGAAGACCUGGACUUUAGAAGAUGAUGAUGACGAUGAUUUAAAUGAAGAAACUGCAGAUAAUGAUUUAAAUGAAGAAACUGCAGAUAGAGAAGAAAAGGAUGAAAAGAUGGAAGAAGAAACCAAUGAAAUAUCGAAUGAAAAGGACAUGUCUAUAGAGGAGGCAGAGGAUGAAGUUGACCCUCUUGAUGCAUUCAUGAUGAAUCUUGAAUCGCAGAGUGAUAGUGUGUACAAGAAGAAUGCCUCCAUGACGGAGAAUACAGAUGGCCCUAAGAUUAGCAGAGUGGUUGCCGUAGCAAAAAGCAAAAAUGAAAUUGAAAUCAGACCUGAAAAACGGAAAGGAGAAUUGAUGGAGGCUGAUGUUGAUGCCAUGGAAUAUUCUUCUGAGGAGGAAGAGGAGUCACUAUCCAGUGCAUUUAAUAAAUUUCAAAGCAAACAGCGGAAUCGAAAACUGGAUACCGUAAUUGAUCAUACUAAAAUAAAAUAUGAACCUUUUCGGAAAAGUUUCUAUGUUGAAGUUCCUGAACUUGCUGCAUUGACAGAAGAAGAAGUUGCUGAAAGAAGAAUGGAACUUGAAAAUGUUAAAGUCAGAGGAAAGAAUUGUCCAAAACCCAUUAAAAGUUGGGCUCAAGUUGGAGUUUCAUUUAAAGUUCUGAAUGCUCUUAAAAAGGCCAAGUUUGAGAAACCAACGGCCAUUCAAUCCCAAGCAUUGCCAGCUAUUAUGAGUGGACAUGACUUAAUUGGGAUUGCAAAAACUGGUAGUGGCAAAACAUUGGCCUUUCUUUUACCGAUGUUCCGUCAUAUCAUGGAUCAACGUCCUUUGCUAGAUGGAGAAGGACCAAUUGCUGUUAUCAUGACUCCUACAAGAGAACUCGCUUUGCAAAUUACUAAAGAAUGCAAAAAGUUCACCAAACCCCUUCAUCUCAAUGCUGUAUGUGUGUAUGGAGGUACUGGUAUCUCUGAACAGAUAGCAGAGCUCAAGCGAGGUGCUGAAAUCAUAAUAUGCACUCCUGGUCGAAUGAUUGAUAUGCUUGCUGCCAACAGUGGACGAGUAACCAACAUGAGAAGAUGUACUUAUAUGGUUCUUGAUGAAGCUGAUAGAAUGUUUGACAUGGGUUUUGAACCUCAAGUUAUGUUUAUUAUUAAUUCUGCAAGACCAGAGAGACAAACUGUCAUGUUUUCAGCAACUUUUCCUCGACAGAUGGAAGCUCUCGCUCGCAGAAUAUUGGCAAAACCGAUUGAGGUACAAGUAGGAGGAAGGAGUGUUGUAUGUUCAGAUGUUGCACAAACUGUUGUUAUUCUAAACAGAGAACAAAAAUUUUUAAAGCUCCUGGAAUUAUUAGGUUCCUACCAAGAACAGGGAUCGGUUUUGGUAUUUGUUGAUAAGCAAGAACAUGCUGAUUCAUUAUUAAAAGAUCUUAUGGAUAGCUCAUACCCUUGUAUGGCAUUACAUGGUGGUAUUGAUCAAUAUGACAGGGACUCUGUUAUCAGUGACUUCAAAAAUGGUGUUUCAAGAUUAUUGAUUGCAACCUCCGUAGCAGCAAGAGGUCUUGAUGUAAAAAAUCUCAUCUUGGUUGUUAACUAUGACUGCCCGAAUCAUUAUGAAGAUUAUGUUCAUAGAUGUGGCAGGACAGGUCGUGCUGGAAACAAAGGGUUCGCUUUCACUUUCAUAAUAAAAGAACAGGCACGUCAUGCUGGUGAUAUUAUCAAAGCACUUGAGCUUAGUGGUGCUCCAGUACCUCCUCAAUUAGAAACUUUGUGGUUAAAUUAUAAGACAGAUCUUAAAUCACAAGGUAAAGAAGUUUCAAAAAAUAGUGGUUUUACCGGAAAAGGUUUUAAAUUUGAUGAAACUGAAGAUGAGCUUGUCAGAGAACGGAAACAGUUCCAGAAAACCGCUCUUGGAUUGCAUGAUUCUGAUGAUGAAUCUCCAGUGAAAGAUAUUGACGAACAAAUCGAAAACAUGUUCAAUAGUAAAAAGAGAGUCAAGGAUGUUGUUGGUCCUGUUCUACUUCAUGGGGCAGGAGGAGAAUCCGCUCAACCUGGAGGACCUCUUUCUGGAUCUAACAUAGAGAAGUUGGAAAUUGCGAGACGACUCGCAUCAAGAAUCAAUCUAAAGAAAAACUUAGGUGCUGAGGCACAAGAUGUUACACAACAGGCUGCUACAGCAAUUAUGAAAGGUGGUCGAUUUCAAGCUCCCAAAGUGAGUGCGAAGACAAUUGCAGAACAACUAGCUGAAAAAUUGAAUCAGAAACUAAAUUAUGUGCCACAAGAGAAACCGGAAGAUGAAGAAGCUGAUUCUGGAUCAACUGUCAAGCGUUAUGAAGAGGAGCUGGAGAUAAAUGAUUUCCCACAGACUUGUAGGUGGAAAGUAACUUCUAAAGAUACAUUGGGGCAGAUUAGUGAGUACAGCGAAGCUGGAAUAACAAUUCGUGGACAAUAUCUUCCAAGUGGUAAAACUCCGGAAGAAGAUGAAAGAAAAUUAUAUUUGGCCAUUGAAGCCACUUCUGAAAUGGCAGUUCAAAAAGCUAAAAGUGAAAUCACUCGUCUUAUUAAGGAAGAGUUGAUAAGACUACAAAACUCUUAUCAACCUAUUAACAAAGGACGAUAUAAAAUUACAUAAGUUGGUUCAAAUAUAUAAGUCCAGUUUGUCCCUUAUGUGCGAUGAUUUAUUAUUCAAAUAUUUGCUUUAUGGUGUGAUAUGAUAGUGUAUAAGACUGCAUCAUCAAAAAUUUAAUUUUUAAUUUGAUAAAUCAGCGAUUGAAGCCUACUUCAAUACUUAACUGUGUUGGCAUUGCAGAUUACACAUCCCGGGUUAAAGCCACAUGCCUCCAUCUCAGCCAAGGUGUAUUAAAUUGGGUAGGCAAUGCUGAUCUGCUUGUAUAAAGCGAAAUUCGCAAUUAAGCAAAAAAGAGCUACAGUAAUUUUCAAUUAGAAACUGGCUUGAACUAUGCCCCUUAACCUAGUUGUUGACUAUAAAUUAGGUUUUUUGUUUACCUGGUUGUUUAUUUAUAUCGUUUAGCAUAAACAGAGAGUUCAUUUUGAAUAUUUACGGUAUCUUUUCUAGUGUGUGUAGGCAAUUUCAUUUUGAUGAUAUUUAGAAAAAUAUUCAUUAUUGUAUUAUUCUUUGUUCAGACUUCCUUAUAAGUUUGGUCAAUAGUUAUAGCCAUUGGCUAAAAAAGUUUGACACCCAUUGAGCUGUAAUUUAAAAAUAUAUUUUGAAUUUAUUUGUAAUUAAAAUCUAAUUUCACGAAUGAUUCCUGGCAUUGUAUGUAUUUGGUUCCAACGGCACGAAAGCUCAGAACAAGGAUAAGUAGUUAGUCCUGCAAAAGCCCCAAUCGAUUCUACGUUAUUGGUCCUAACAUAACCUCCUAUCCUACAAAAUCAGCAUUGAUAUUUUUUUUGUCUUGUUAUUUUUUUUGUUAUUGACUGUAUGCUGCAAAUGAAACAGUGUCAGACCUUGAUCAUAAAUUAGCCAAGUUUAGUCAACUCUGUUUCAAGAUGUCUUGAAAUUAAUCAAAAAAUUUGUUAUUCUGACCUAUCGUUUAAUUUAAUAAGAUAGCCAUAGAUUUCUGAUCUGAACCAUGAAUUGAUUAUGAUCAAUAUUUAAGGGAAGAAGAAAUUAAAGCAUUGCGAAUGUGAUAGCAUGAAUUGAUGGAUGGAACAAUUGAUUUUGUCAAUACUUCUUUAUUGAGAUGUUGAUCGGGGCUAUAAAAUUAACAUAAAACUGUGUAGGUUGUAUUUGGAUAUUCGACUUUCAGUUUGUCAGUUUGUUCCAUUCUUUAUUAUAAGGAAUGAAUGAGAAACUAAAAUACCUUGAGGGAGUGUAUGAAAAAUGAAUUGGAACCACUACACAAGAUUUGUUGUUUUUUAUGUUUCACAAUAAUGAAUUAUUAUAAGUUUAUCUUCUUGGAAUUAUUCAGAUUUCUUUGUCAUGAAAUAAUCCUUGACACACUAAUAACAAUUUUUCUGUUAUAGUCUCAAGUAAGAUCCGUUAGACUAGAUGGGAUUAUCCCAUGAUUACCCAUCGAGAAAAGCUGUUUGGGUAAAUCCCAUCGGGUUGUAUAUUCAAUCUUCUCACAAAUAGAAUUACUAUUGUAUUUAAUAUGCUGUAAUAUUGCAUUGAUAAUUAUUCCAAUCAAGUUUCUGAAUGAAAAUAAUGAAAGGCUAUAUUUCAGUGGAUAAACCUAUGUAACUAUUUUCAUAGAUCAUCACAAGUUACUAAAAUUCUGUUUUAUUUUAUGCUGUUGUUUGUUUUAUUUAUUAUCAAACUACACAAAAUACAUGGAGAUUUGUGAAGUUUCUACCUUUCUGAAUUGGUCAAUCGUUUUACCUUUGUAAGCUACUAUAUUAUGCUGUUCACUGCUAAGUGCCUUUGCAUUUUUGUUGUACUGUCUUUUUAUGUUUCCACUUCUACUUUCUUCCUUAUCAUAG